AUGUUCGCCCUCUCCUUCGUCGCAUCUGCUACUGCCUCAUCGGCCGCCCCGACGCCUACCCAGUGGAACGUCACCGUCGGCGGCAACACAACGACCAACGGCAGCUUGGUCUUCCAGCCUGAGGAGAUCAAGGCUUCCAUCGGAGACACGGUCUACUUCAACUUCACUCAGGGCAACCACACCGUCAUGCAGUCAACCUUCUCGGCACCGUGCGUUUGGAUCGAUGAGACGGAAGCCUACAAUGGUUUCACCACCGGCUUCCGCGACGCUGGCAACGGCACUGCCAUCACCAACUAUAUCCUCCCCAUCACGAGCAACGACACGAUCUGGUUCUUUGACUGGAAUACUUGUGCUCUGGGUGGUGUCGGUGGUAUCAACGUCAACGAGAGCUCGACGCAGACCCUCGCAGGCUUUGUCCGCAAUGCUAAGCGUCUGAACGGCACAGCGACGUCAACCUCCUCGUCUGCUUCCCACACCGGCGGCUCUUCUGGCAGCUCGAGCACUGGCUCGGGUUCUGCCAGCGAGACGUCGACGACGUCCGGUGCGGAGCGUAACGUUGUCCUCGGCGGUCUGGCUGCAAUCCCUCUCAUCAUCGCUGCGCUCGCUCUAUGA